AUGAACAAAAACGGAACAGCUAAAAUGAAUGAUAAUCAAAUUAGAGCAGAAGGUAGAAGGUUAUUUAAACGCUUCUAUAACAUUCCUGAUGGUGUUAAUCCUAAAACUCGUAGAAGCUAUUUAAAUGAAGCAAUAGAUGCAUAUGAAGGGUUUGACAUUUCAUCAGAAAGUGAGAGAUUAGCGAGAAUGUUAAAUGUUAAUAUUGAUUUCUAUUAUUGUGAUCCUCAACCAGAAGACGUGGACAUAAAUAAGGUAGACUUUCCAUUAGUGGAAUCAAUAAUGAUAGAUCCAGAAUUUGAAACAGUAAAUAUUUUAUUAACACAGAGUCCAUGUGGAAAACUUCACGCUGACAGAAUAACAGACGUAGAAGCACUCACCGGCUAUAAAGUUUGUCCAUAUUGUAAAGAAGAAGUUUAUUCUAUCCGCGAUGAUCCAAAAAGGAAAAACCAAAGAAGAUUUUUAAAGCAUUGUGAGAAAUGUAAAGAAAAUAAUGGAAGAUUAAUUCAAGACGUUCAAUUGCAAAAGAUACAGCAACCAUAUGCACCACAUAUUACGAAACAGAAGAUAUAUCAGUGGUUAUUAGCUCACAAUUUGCAGGAAUAUUAUCAACCAACAAGAUAUUAUAUUACUUUUGACUUUGAAACAUUAGAGACUAAAGAAGAAUUACAACUUUCUGAGUGUGCAACUUUGAACGCUUACUUAAAACCAUUCAUG